CAGACUGGAAAUCGAUGAAAGAUGGUGAACCUAAGCCUCUCCCUCCAUACCAUAUACUUCAUUUGUUGCGUACUGUUAAUCUCCUGUGGCUACAACAUAGAUGCUUCUCUCUCAAGUCAAGAUGUUUCUGAAAUGGGACAAACGACAGACGAGGAUUCAGAAAAUAAUAAGACACCAUCCUUGAGCUCAACGCCCCACGUAGACAAAAGUGAAAACCUAAGAUUUCCAUUGACUCGUAACAGAAGAAGUAACAAUAAUUUAGAAAAUAACGCAGCGCUUGGCUCUGUGUUUCAAUACAAUGAUCAAAUCAUGAGAAAUCUUCUAAAAACCCAAGCACCAAAACCUUUAAGUUAUGCACGCUCUCAUUUCUUUUUAAACUUAUUAAAGCCACUAAACAGAAGGACGGUUAGAUACAGUGGAUGGGACGAUCAUUCGGUAAUGCAUUUUGGAAAAAGGUCUCCAAUGUAUGAUGAAUACGAAGAUCUAUUUAUGAAAAGGGAUCCAUAUCCUUUUUCAGAUCAUUCUGUCAUGCAUUUCGGAAAAAGAUUUCAAUCUGAAAGCGAUGCACAAAAUUUUGAUGAAAAACGGUCACCAUAUUCAUGGUCAGAGCAUCAAGUUAUGCACUUUGGAAAAAGGUCUGUAGAAAGUGAUAAAGAUACAGACAUUGAGGAGGAAGCGAAUGAAUUACCGAUCGAAUCUUCUGCUGUGCAAUCACAUAAACAAGAAGAAAGCGAGGAUAGCACGCACAGGUUAAAAGAUGACAACAGUUUUCUAUUUGACAAACGAAAUGAACCAUGGCAUAGAGUUAUGAAUUUUGGAAAAAAAUCUGACAAUUUUUUAAGCGAUCCUAGUAAUAUAUAUUUUGAUGAGCAAGAUAGCAUGAUGGACACUGACAGCAUAGUAAACAUUGAUAGAAAGGCAGAAAACUUAUGGGAUCACAGUACGAUGCAUUUUGGAAAGAAAAAUUAUCCAUGGCAUAGCAUAAUGAGCUUUGGAAAAAAGUCUGAAAAUCCAUGGGAUCAUAGUACUUUGCACUUUGGAAAGAGAGAUGAAUAUGGUCCUUGGCAUAGUAUGAUGAACUUUGGGAAAAAAUCUGAAAAUCUGUGGGAUCACAAUACUAUGCAUUUUGGAAAAAGAAAUGAAAUGGAUCCUUGGCACAGUAUGAUGAAUUUUGGUAAAAAGUCUGAUAACUUCUGGGAUCACAAUACCAUGCACUUUGGGAAAAGGUACGGAACUGAUACUUGGCAUAGUAUGAUGAAUUUUGGAAAAAAGUCUGAAAAUCCAUGGGACCACAAUACUAUGCAUUUUGGUAAACGAGAAGUGGAUGAUCCGUGGCAUAAUAUGAUGAGCUUUGGCAAAAGAUCUGACAUUCUUUGGGAUCACAACACUAUGCAUUUUGGUAAAAAGGAUGCAAGUGAUCCAUGGCAUACCAUAAUAAACUUCGACAAAAAAUCUGGAAAUCCAUGGGAUCAACACAGUACGCUGCACUUUGGGAAACGAGAUGAUGCAGAUCAUUGGCAUAAUAUGAUGAACUUUGGUAAAAAAUCGGAAUCCCCGUGGAAUAAUCAUAAUACCAUGCAUUUUGGAAAAAGAGAUGUUGAUGAUCCUUGGCAUAGCAUGAUGAGUUUUGGCAAAAAAUCUGAAUCUCCAUGGAAUAGCCAUGAUACUAUGCAUUUUGGGAAAAGAGAUGUUGAUGAUCCUUGGCACAGCAUGAUGAGUUUUGGUAAAAAAUCUGAAUCUCCAUGGAAUAAUCAUGAUACCAUGCAUUUCGGAAAAAGAAAUGCUGAAGAUCCUUGGCAUAGUAUGAUGAGUUUUGGAAAAAAGUCAAAUGACCUAACAGAUAUUCUUGACACGCAUACUUAUGAAAAGAGAGCAGCGCCUUGGGAAAGUCACCACACAAUGCAUUUUGGAAAGAGAUCAAACGGAAGCGUUACUCAGUAUUCUUCACAAGACGAUGCCUUAAUGCACUAUCCCUACAAGCACAGAGAAAAGCGAUCUGUAAAAGAAAUAAAUAAUCAAAAUACGGAACAGUCGGACAAAAGAGCUGAUCCGUGGGAAAAUCAUAACACUAUGCAUUUUGGUAAGAAAGCUGAUUCUUGGGAUUAUCAUAACACAUUACAUUUCGGAAAAAAAUCAAAUUACAGCGAAGAUAGUUCUCCAAAAGUAUUAGAAGAAUUAUGGAAAGAACCAUGGGAGAAUCAGCAAGCACAACUAGAGAAAAAAUAUUAUCCGUGGGAAAACCAUAAUACCAUGCAUUUUGGAAAACGGUUUGACGAAUCGUGGGCAAAUCAUAACACGUUGCAUUUUGGAAAAAAAUUAGAUCCAUGGGAAAGUCACAAUACAAUGCACUUUGGAAAGAAAUCUGAACCAUGGGAAAAUCAUAACACGAUGCAUUUUGGUAAGAAAUCGGAUCCAUGGGGAAGUCACGAUACUAUGCAUUUCGAGAAGAAAUUAACUCCAUGGGAAAGUCAUAAUACAAUGCACUUUGGAAAAAAAUCAGAUCCAUGGGAAAGUCACAAUACUAUGCAUUUCGGAAAGAAAUCAUCUCCAUGGGAAAGUCAUAAUACAAUGCACUUUGGAAAAAAAUCAGAUCCAUGGGAAAAUCACAACACACUGCAUUUUGGAAAGAAAUCCGAACCGUGGGAAAAUCAUAACACAAUGCAUUUUGGUAAGAAAUCAGAUCCAUGGGAAAAUCACAAUACGAUGCAUUUUGGAAAGAAAUCCGAACCGUGGGAAAAUCAUAAUACAAUGCACUUUGGAAAAAAAUCCGAACCGUGGGGAAAUCAUAACACAAUGCACUUUGGGAAAAAAUCAGAUCCAUGGGAAAAUCACAAUACUUUACAUUUUGGAAAAAAAUCCGAACCAUGGGAAAAUCAUAACACAAUGCAUUUUGGUAAGAAAUCAGAUCCAUGGGAAAAUCACAAUACAAUGCAUUUUGGAAAGAAAUUCGAUCCUUGGGAAAAUCAUAACACAAUGCAUUUUGGAAAGAGAUUUGACAGUACUGAACAGAAUACACUGGUACCUGAAGUUCAUGAAGUUGAAUUACAGAAUAAUUUUACCAAAGAAACUGUUGCCAAAUCUGAUAACAUAAAACUACCAAACCAAACUCCUUUACUUGAAAAUGGUUUUGAUGGUAAAGUCUUGGCUAUAAAAAAAAGAUCAAUAAAAAAGCCCACAAAUAGUAUAUAAGCACAGAAAACAAAAAACGUGAGAAUACUACUAUGAAAAAUAUUAAGGAAUUUACCAGUAGACCACCUUUAGUCUCAAAGGCUCUCCAUACUAAGACAUCUAUCUUAUCACAAACACCUAUAAAUUCGGAUCAAAACGGCAGCAAAUUAAGUGAAGAUUAUCAAAAAGACGAAAACCUUAUUUCAAAAGGGCUUGAAUUAAAUGAUACUACGGAGAGAAUGUGGCAUAAUGAAAUGAAAGAUAAGAAAACCGAUGUAAUUUAUAAAGGAAAUGAAGUUCAUGUUAAUAAACGAUCUGUUGAAUCUAAUACACAACAAAAUAACAACAAAUAUGAUUCUACGAUCGAAAAACAAAAUCAGGAUUUUGAAAUAUUUGAAGAAUAUCCAGGCGACGAACCACCGGACGCGGUUUUGCAUUUUGGAAAAAGAUCUGCGGAUUAUGGUAAAGAAGAAAAUAUCAAAAGAUCCGAAAAUUCGUGGGAUGUUAAUUCUGAUAUGAACUUUGCGAAGCGAUCAGAAGAUCCAUGGGGAAGCCAUAACACAAUGCAUUUCGGGAAGAAAUCCGAUCCCUGGGAAAAUCACAGCACACUUCAUUUCGGAAAAAAAUUCGAUCCUUGGGAAAAUCACGGUACUCUGCAUUUUGGGAAAAAAUCGGAUCCUUGGGAAAGCCAUGGAACUUUACAUUUUGGUAAAAAGUCUGAUGCUUGGGAAAAUCACAGCACCUUGCAUUUCGGAAAGAAAUCAAGUCCUUUUGGGGAGCAUGAUACAUUGCAUUUUGGAAAGAGAAUCAAUCCAUGGGAAGAUCACAGCACUAUGCAUUUCGGCAAAAGGUCUGAAAAUGGUAAAUUGCCACAAAGUGAAGUUGUACUGAGCACCGGCGAGCAAAAGAAAUUAAACGAAAAUAAAGAAAAUUAUGUUUCGAAUGAUUUAGAACUGCCUAAUCAGGCCCGAAUAAUAAAUAAGUUGAAAGAACUAAUAUCUUUGCAUGACAUUCCACCGCAACUAAAGUCAGAUACUCAAAUACUCUCUUUCCUGGAAAAUUCAUUAGAAAAAACUAAGUUGGAUGACCUCGGCAAAGACUUUCAGUUACAACCAAAUUCGAAUGAUGUUAUACAAUCUUUACUAAAAGAGGAAAAUUUGGAUGGCCUCUCAAAAGAACGCGAGCUUUUAAAAGAAUAUUUCAAGCAGCUAGAUCUUGAUGAACCGCAGGUUAAUGAAAUAGUGAAUCAAUAUAUUAAAAGUAAAGAAUCAGGCUCUCCUGUAUUGAGCAAAGAUGAUCAAGACGUUAGCGAAGACAGCAGUUUACAUUUUCUUUAUAAAUGGUUAUUAGACAAGGCUGUGUCGGUGUACAAAGACGAUGCUGAAGAAGAUAAAUUUGGAGACGUUUCUAAGGCAUACCAAGAACCAAACAGCUAUAUAAUACUUCCAUACGCACCAAGACGAGAAUUACUAAAUGAUAACGGUGUUUCGAAUGGUUCUUUCAAGAUGAAAAGAAAAUUUGCGAGAGAACCUGAAUACAAACGUUACUGGGCACCUUUCCAAGGACCCAAAUCAAUUGUAUAUCCUCAUGCAUGGUUUGCAUCUCAGAUACGAAGGUCAGUUCUUCCGACAAAUAUCAUUGUCCCUAGAAGUUAUGAGACUAGAAUGACAGAGAAGAAAGAAGAUCCAGUGAAUUCUUUUAUGCAUUUCGGUAGACGUUAAAUUUUUUGUUAACAACUUCAGAUAUCUAUUCCUAUAAACCAAAUUUAACAAAAAUAUCUUUAUUGCCUCAGGCAGAGCAUACGUGGCAUGAUGUCGAACAAAAUAAUUAAAUAUAUAUUUCGAACAAAAUUUAUGAUAGUGUACAUUUAACUAAUGACAUAUCAAUAAAUACCAACGACAAGGUUUCUUUCUUCA